AUGAGUCUUGCUUUCAACCAGCCGGGCAACUUCACGUGCAACUCGUGCCAGAUUCGUCUGCCCACGGCAGACGUCCAGAGAGUCCACAUGAAGACCGAAUGGCACAGAUACAACCUCAAGAGACGCGUGGCCGGGCUGGCUCCGGUCGAUUCUGUUAUCUUCCAGUCCAAGGUUGCUCUCCAGCAGCGCCAGGAGGCCAUCAACAGUGAGCAGGACGAAUUCGGGUUCCAUGUCCAUCGGAAACACCGCACGGGCCGUCGCCAGCCUACGAAGAAAGACCUGAAAAGACGAACGCGAAGAGACAUACUGGCAGAUAGCAGCGUCGAUCGACGCGCGCAGUCGCCGGCCGGAUCAGUGGUCUCAAGAGUGAGUGAGUUCUCUCUUGGAUCGAUCCACAGCGAGGCGCCAUCCGAGUACACGAUUGACGAUCUCAUUUCCGAGCCGACGGUCAGCGACUAUGAUUAUGUCAGCCCGGCUUCGACCUCUGAGACGAGCGAUUCUGAGGACUACUACACGGAAGAAGAGCAAAUGGAAGAGCCUGUUAUUUUGACCAACUGUUUCUACUGCAGCGCCCAGAGCAUUGAUGAGGAGGCAAAUGUGGCUCACAUGUUUGCUGCUCACGGUUUGUUCAUUCCUGAACAGGAUUAUCUUGCUGAUCUGAGCGGUCUACUGCAAUAUCUGGGAAAUAAGGCAAUAAUUGACAAAGAGUGUCUAAAGUGCAGAUUUGUGGGGAAAAGUCUGGUGAGCAUACGGCAGCAUAUCCAGAGCAAAGGCCAUUGCGUAAUUCCGUACGAAACACGCGCAGAGAGACAGGAGAUAGAAAGGUUUUAUGAUUUUGACGAAAGCGACUACACGACAGUGAAAGUGCUGCCAAGUGGAAUAGAGCUCCCAGAUGGACGCAUUUUGGGGAGCCGCUCGUUUACACGCUACUAUAGGCAGAACUUUCCUCGGCGUGACCGUGAAGUCAGCGACGGAGAACGAACCAUGUCUUUGGUGGUUAAGGAUCGCGAGUUCCAUGCUCCUAGCUACCAUCGGCCUGUGAUUGAGGCGAGACGGGAAAGGCUCAGUCUACGGCAGCUGCGCAAAGGAAACAAUCUGGCGCAUUUCAGGGACCCUAUGAACUGA